AUGUCCAAGUUACCGUCUACCACUCGAACCCUCGUUGCUCCUAAAAAGUGUCUCCCAGCUGAGUACACGGUCAUUGAGCAACCCAUACCAACUAUUACCAAACCAAAUGAAGUUCUUAUCAAGAUGAAGGCUGUUUGUAUCAAUACUGGUGAUACGCAGUUUGCUGCUGGACAGCUUGGGUUUCUUUUUGGUGAUCGCUUGAAAUUUCCCUUUGCUCUCGGCAUGGAGGGUUCAGGAGCAGUUGUAGCUGUUGGAUCAGCUGUCACUAACUUCAAAACCAAUGAUGAAGUGUACGGCGUGGAAUAUGAGAAGCCUCUGUUCAGCAGACCGCCUGCAAAAUGGUGUUCAGAUUACGUCGUCACAGAAGCCAAGUUCCUGCACAAGAAACCUGAGCAUACUUCCUUUGAAGAAGCCGCUUCGUUGCCGGCCUUAACGGUCGUUGCUUAUCAAACCAUCAAACAAGGAUUGCAACUUGGAGGACGGGAUGAUCUUGUGGGACAGACGGUGUACAUACCAGCUGCUCUCAGUGGAACUGGCUCGUUAAUGAUCCAAGUCGUCAAGAAUUACUUUGGCGCAGAAAGGAUCAUCUCGACUGUCUCAACAGAAAAGAUGAGCCUCGUUGAGGAGUAUCUACCUGGAUUGGUUGAUCAACUCUACGAUUACAAAACCCAAAACGUAGUCGAAUUGGUAGGCCGAGGCACCGUCGACUUUGCAGUCAGCACGCAAUUCAGCACACUAGACGACUGCAUAGCUCUCCUCAAGCCCGCAACUGGCCUUCUCGCAAGCAUCGCAAGUGUACCAAAGAGUGGAGUGAUGCUUGAGAUGAUGGGUCCCAAAAUCUUCCCAACAUGGCUUGGAUGGAUUCUCGACACGUUUCAGUGGUGGUAUACGUGGAAGUUACGCGGUACAAACAUAAAGUAUGAGUUCUUCUCCGGAAAUCCGGGUAUUGUGGAGGAUAUGGCUGUUGUGGAAGGUAUAAUCAAGCAGGGAAAGGUAAAGGGGAUUUGCACUAUCGUCGAUUUUGACAACUUGGAGGAUAUUAGGAAAGCUUGUGACAAAGUUUACAAGAUUAAGGGGGGUCCGGGAAAGUUGGUGGUUCGAAUGUAA